CCACCCACACCAGUUCCUUUGAUGUGGAAUUAGCAUGUCUUGGCUGUGAUUGUGCAUGGUUAUGCAUCGACAGCUCAAUGCUUUGACACGCUCCUUCUCAGUAGCCGUGCAUUCAGGCUGGGAGGCACACUGGAGUGGCCGACACAGGGAUUAACGAGAGCGAGGGAUAUAAAGGCAGCGUUACAAGAGCUGUGAUACCUGUAGAGCACUUAUCAUCAGAGCCUGGCUUGCAAAUGACACAGUUUUGUGUUGGUUUUCACUCCCCUGUGCUAUAUCCCAGAACAAAAGGACUUGUGUAAGGCAGCACAGCUCCGGCGCAGCAAGGAGUUGCGGAAGCUGAACCACUUCUGUGAGGUGAGGUAUAAUUCUGAGAAUUGGUCCUUGGUCUCUUCAUCUUCAGUGGGUCCUCUUAUAGGCACUGCACUCGUAUGCUUGGUCAAGGCUUAUCUCUCUCUUUGUGCCCUCCUCCAGUGCCUGUCAUCACUGUGACAUGCUGCUUCGAAACCCUCUGUCAGCUAUCGAAUGGCUCAUUCUGGCUUUCAGCUGUGGACGAAGCAGAGACAGGCUGGCCAGGAUGGAGAGAUGAUCUGGAUCAUUAUACUGGUGCCAGUGGAAGUAAACCCAAAGCACCUGGAUUUAUUCCUGCCACAGGGAAAUGGAGAUAUUUAUCCAUGGAGAACAUUCUGAUUAACCUUGACGAGGAAAGAGUUGAAUGGUUUUCAACACAAGUGGCUUCUAUUUAUUCAACAGUGUCCUGCAAGUGCGAGGUUUUUGGGAAAGAAGAGAUCCGAAACGUUUAGUGGUGUCUGAGGAGGAAUCUCCUGGCUGGUUCAUUUAUUGUUGCCAGCCUGCGUCAUGGCUGACUCUCAUUUGUCUGCCUCCGUAGGAAGCUACAACAGCAGCUAUCUCACCACCAGUGCUUGGAACAUCACUGGGAGCGGCCCAUGGUUGUUGGCCUUCAUGCUGACCGGUAUCAUCCUCAUGACAAUCUGUGGUAACACGUUGCUCAUUGCCUUGGUGUUUGCCCAUCGUUCUUUGCGCUGCACCUCCAACUGUUUCCUGGUGUCUCUGUUCUUUUCUGACCUGAUGGUGGCUUUGGUGGUCAUGCCCCCAGCCAUGCUCAAUGUGCUGUGUGGGGCCUGGGUGCUGUGGCCCGCUUUCUGUCCGGUUUGGCUUUGCUUUGAUGUCAUGUGCUGCAGUGCGUCCAUCCUUAACCUGUGUGUGAUAAGCCUAGACCGGUACCUCUUCAUUAUCUCCCCGCUGCGCUACAAGCAGAGGAUGACCCCACCUCGAGCGUUACUCCUAGUAGGAGCUGCUUGGGGGUUGGCAGCGUUGGCCUCCUUCCUGCCCAUUGAGAUGAAAUGGCACAGUUUAGGACACUCGUCAGUUCCUGGAGUCACCGUUAAUAACAGCAGCUCAUACUACGACAAACUGUACCCUGAAUCCUACUUUCAGCUGUCGCCAUCAGGAGGUCUUUCCUUUCAGUGCCGUCUACGGGUCACCCUGCCCUUUGCUCUGGUGGCAUCUGUUCUUACCUUCUUUUUGCCCUCUACCGCCAUUUGCUUCACCUACUGUCGAAUCCUCCUGGCAGCACGGAGGCAGGCCAAGAGGGUCGCAGCACUGAGCCACCCUCCUCACCCUCAUCCCUCUCUAGGAGAACCUUCCCGGCCUCCAUCACCAGGGCUUGCUGCAGGUCAAGCUCAGCAGGAUGGAGAUGACUGCAGUCACCAAGAGCCUUUGGUGUCACAACAAAAUGUACCGCCGUCGGUGAACAGUGAGCGCCACCUGGCUCACAGACAAGGUCGGAGGGCACUGAAGGCCAGCCUCACUCUGGGAGUCCUCCUGGGACUCUUCUUCAGUGCUUGGCUACCCUUUUUCAUCACCAACAUGGCUCAGGCAGUGUGCGAGUGCGUUCCUCUUGCGCUCUUCGAUGCCAUCACCUGGCUGGGCUACUGCAACAGCACAAUGAACCCCAUCAUUUACCCGCUGUUCAUGCGAGAUUUUAAGCGAGCUCUGGGGAAGCUCCUGCCCUGCUGUUCCUCUCGUUCACCCAGAAGACCCUCGCCAGCUCUUUCCCUCUCUCUGCGCAACUCAGGAGAGCCCAACAUCGCUAGCAGCCCCCCCUCACCCAUGGCUUCCGACCCCACACACCCGCCUGCCACUGCCACCGAUGCCGUCAACCUGCUGGAUGCCGAGCACGCUGGGAUCGAGCUGCCUCUGCUUCUGCCCAAUCAGGUCGACACCUUGGACUGAAC